AUGCCCAACACCUCAUUCUCCAACUGCUGUACCCACUUCUUGGAAGAUCCACUCGCAGCUGUCAAAGUCUUGGUUCCCUCUGUUGCCAUCGAAAUCGUCUUACACAAGAAAUUGUGGCAAAAGACAUCAUUAAGAGACUUGACAUUGUACUUGGCCAUUGUCAACACGUAUUGGUUUGCGACAACACUCAAUUUGAGCUUCCUCGAGACACCACUCUUUUUGCAAUCGCCCCAUCUUAGUGAUCAGCAGAAAUUAGAUUGUGGCAGACAGCGCUUCAACUGGCUCAACAAGAUCGAGAUUGUAGUGGGUGUUCUCGGCUUGGAUCUCUACUGUGAAUGGCGCAAGAGAAUCAUUGACAAUCAUGGCUUCGUCGAUGGCGUGCUUGCUAGAUCUAUUUGGAUUCCUGCUACUGUAACUGCCAUUCAAGCUGUCUACCUACUCCCCACAUUGAACAAAAAGGCAAAGCAAAUUGAUCGCACAGGCCAUGAAGACGAGCAGUUUCCCAAGGCGCAUCGUGCUUACAUUGGAUUCGAGACGGUCAAGGUUGUUGGAUUGGCUGUUGCAGGUCUUCGAUUUGGAAGAAUGCUCACCCUUUAA